CUCGCAUCCUCUUUACUCUCCCUCCAGUGUCGCGGCGGAUUCCUCCUUCGGUCGUUCGUCUGCCAGGAAUCUUCCCUUCAUGUUGCGAGUACGCCAAUGCUGCUUCUUCCCUCGUUUGCCUCUACUUGCUAUAAAGCCCCGCCCCGCCCCCAUAGUUACCUCUCCUGAUCGCAAGUCUCAAAGUGGGGUGUCCAAGGUGUGUACUCUUGGCUUUCAUUUUUGGGGUACUUGUAUAGCUGACACCUUUAACAGGCUGAUCUGGGAACAGUCAACGCUCAUUGUACUCCUUUCACUCCCCGCACAUGCUUUCAUAUAUCCUCGAGUUCACCCCGAGUUUUUGUCCACAACAGUCGGUCCGUUAAGCCCGACAUGGAGUCAGCAAACGCACCGGCAUUCGAUGCCUCUAGUAUAGACAGUCGCCUUUGUCAUGAUGGCUCCAAUUCCUCCGUAGUGGGAGACGAUAAGCCUGCAUGGAGACCGUAUAAAGGCCGUUGGGCUCGUCAGAAAAUGAGGAAUACCAAGCGCAACGGCACAGAAAAUCCGGACACGACGGCUCCAGGAAAUGCUCCCCCGUCUGCUCGUCCGCGGCAAAAGCUACCACGACGGAGCAAACAGUUAGCCGAAAAGAACAUUCGCGAAGAGAUGCAAUCUCAAGCAUCACAGUCUGCCGGUACAGCGUCCUAUGUACCAGGUCAACCACCCCAGAACAGCUUUGGGGCGUUUGACAACAUCAAUUUGGCUGCUAUGGUUCCCCCGUUCCAGAAUGGCAUGGCUGCGCCAAACGAAAAUGUUCCAGGGUUUCAACAGCCCUUUUGGCAGCUCCCAUGGGAGCAACAGCAAUUGCUAUUCCAAGCUCCUGUGGGUGAAUCCACUAACCCUUCUUUCGGUUUCCCUCCGUUGAAUGACAUGGGUGCGUUCCCUGGUGGAUUACCUCCCAUGUUUCCGCCUGCGUUCAUGAACUUUGCGCCAACGAAUCCAUUGAUGACAAUGCCAC